AAAUGACGUGAUUUGACGAACCGGAAGUACCACUGGGGACUACACGCUUUGCUAGCCAGCGUUAGCUAAAGUUAGCAUUACUUUUUAUCCAGAACGGCCAUUGUUUCUAGGAAGAAAUGCCUUCGAGAAAUGGAAAAUCCGAUGUUUUGUUUGACGAUGAUGAUCUGCCUUAUGAAGAGGAGAUUAUCAGAAACCCGUACUCAGUCAAGUGCUGGAUGCGUUACAUCGAAUUCAAACAGAACGGAACCAGAUCUACCCUCAACAUGAUAUACGAGCGGGCUCUGAAAGAGCUGCCUGGCAGCUAUAAGCUCUGGUACAAUUAUUUGAGAGAGAGACGGAAACAAGUUAAAGGGAAAUGUGCCACUGAACCAGGCUAUGAAGAGGUCAAUAAUUGCCACGAAAGGGCGUUGGUUUUUAUGCAUAAGAUGCCGAGAAUAUGGCUCGACUAUUGCCAGUUCCUUGUGUCUCAAUGCAAGAUCACAAGAAGUCGGCAAACAUUUGACCGUGCGCUCAGAGCUCUUCCUGUUACUCAGCACCCGCGCAUCUGGCCUCUGUAUCUCCGCUUUGUCCGCAACCUGCCCCUGCCCGAGACUGCCAUCCGGGUGUACCGCAGGUACCUUAAGCUUUCUCCAGAGAAUGCAGAGGAAUACAUUGACUACUUACGGUCUGUUGGCCGCUUGGAUGAAGCAGCUGUGCGACUUGCAGCUGUUGUCAAUGACGAAAGCUUUGUGUCCAAAGAGGGGAAGUCUAACUAUCAGCUGUGGCAUGAGCUAUGCGACCUGAUCUCUCAGAAUCCUGAUAAAGUGACCUCUCUGAAUGUAGGAGCCAUCAUCCGAGGAGGCCUCACUCGUUUCACAGACCAACUUGGAAAACUGUGGUGCUCUUUAGCUGACUAUUACAUCAGAAGUGGUCACUUUGAAAAGGCCCGUGAUGUGUAUGAGGAGGCCAUCCUUACGGUGGUAACUGUAAGGGAUUUCACACAGGUGUUUGAUAGUUAUGCCCAGUUUGAAGAGAGCAUGAUUGCGGCAAAGAUGGAGACCACUGCUGAGAUGGGGAAGGAUGAAGAUGAUGACAUAGACAUGGAGCUUAGACUGGCCCGCUUUGAACAGCUGAUAGCCCGGCGACCCCUCCUGUUGAACAGUGUACUAUUGCGGCAGAACCCUCAUAAUGUCCAUGAGUGGCACAAGCGAGUGAAACUGUAUGAGGGCAAUCCACGGCAGAUCAUCAACACAUACACUGAAGCAGUGCAGACUGUGGAUCCAAUGAAGGCCACAGGGAAGCCUCACUCUCUCUGGGUUUCCUUUGCGAAGUUCUAUGAGGAAAAUGAGCAGCUGGAUGAUGCAAGGACAAUUUUUGAGAAGGCUACCAAGGUGAACUACAAGCAGGUGGAUGACCUUGCUGCAGUGUGGUGUGAAUAUGGAGAGAUGGAGCUACGCCAUGAGAACUAUGAACAGGCACUGCGCAUACUAAGGAAAGCUACAGCCAUUCCAUCCAAGAAAGCAGAGUACUUUGAUGCAUCUGAGCCAGUCCAGAACAGAGUUUACAAGUCCUUGAAGGUCUGGUCUAUGCUGGCGGACUUGGAGGAGAGUCUCGGCACUUUCCAGUCUACAAAAGCGGUGUAUGACCGAAUCAUUGACCUCCGCAUCGCAACACCACAGAUCAUCAUCAAUUAUGCCAUGUUCCUUGAAGAGCACAACUACUUUGAGGAAAGCUUCAAAGCAUAUGAGCGUGGUAUUGCUCUCUUCAGGUGGCCAAAUGUGUAUGACAUCUGGAACACUUACCUUACCAAGUUCAUUGAUCGUUACGGGGGCAAGAAGCUGGAGAGAGCAAGAGAUUUAUUUGAACAAGCCCUGGAUGGCUGCCCUGCCAAAUUUGCAAAGACCAUUUACCUGUUGUAUGCCAAAUUGGAGGAGGGGUAUGGAUUGGCACGACACGCCAUGGCUGUCUAUGAAAGGGCAACGCAGGCAGUAGAGAGUGAUGAGAGACAUCACAUGUUCAAUAUCUACAUCAAGAGAGCAGCUGAAAUUUAUGGAGUCACAUAUACCAGAGCAAUUUACCAGAAAGCUAUCGAGGUCCUUCCAGAUGAGCAUGCAAGGGACAUGUGUCUGCGAUUUGCUGACAUGGAGAGUAAACUUGGUGAAAUUGAUCGGGGCAGAGCAAUCUACUCCUACUGCUCCCAGAUCUGUGACCCAAGGGUGACUGCAACUUUCUGGCAGACCUGGAAAGAAUUUGAGAUCCGCCAUGGAAAUGAGGACACAAUUAGAGAAAUGCUGAGGAUCAAACGUAGUGUCCAAGCCACAUACAACACCCAGGUCAACUUCAUGUCCUCUCAGAUGAUGAAGGCCACAACCAGCUCCACAGGCACUGUGUCGGAUCUUGCUCCAGGCCAAAUGGGAAUUGAUGACAUGAAGAUGCUGGAACAGAAAGCACAGCAGCUUGCUGCAGAGGCUGAGCAAGACAAACUCAAGCCCAAAGAGAAGAUUCUCUUUGUCAGGAGUGACACCUCUCGCAGCGAGUUGGCUGAGCUUGCCAAACAGGCCAACCCUGAUGAGAUCGACAUUGAUGAUGAUGAUGAGGAUGAAGAUGAUAACGACCAAGGACCAGAAGAGGUGCAGCUCGAACAGAAGAGCGUCCCCACAGCUGUCUUUGGAGGCCUUAAAGAAGACUGAAAUUUUACAAAGAUGAAGUCUUCUAUAUUUUUCUUUUGGUAGCCAUGGAAUAUGCGCCAUUCCUUACAUUUUGUGUAAUUGCUUAGUUGUUAUUUUAAUAGAAAGUGAUGAGUGAAUAACAGAGGCAGCAUUUUGCCUUCUGUUUAAUGUACAGUACAAACUUAUAUUACUAUUGGCCAUGUGGUGUCAGUGUUUUUCAAGUAUGAAACUCAAGAUAAAGUACAAUUGAGCAGCUUUCUGUUAUGAUGUACUAAUGUGUAGUUUCAUGAUCACUGUAACUGAAAACUGAUGAAGUUUGACUGUUUUCCCCCCAAACAAUAUUUUGUUUAAAAAAGGAAAGAAAAAAAGAAACACUUUUGGACACCUAAUAAAUCAGAGCUUUCUCUGACAGGAAGCUCUGCCCUAGAAAACAAAGGGGAGGAGUAUAGUUUUGUAAACAAGAGGCAUUCAUUUGAAAGUGGAGCUGAGCAUUCAAGCCUCACAUUGUUGGCUUGAGGAUCACAUAGGUGGGUGUCCUGAAAAUAUUCCAUACCUUGUAUACAUACUGUAUGUGGCCAUCCAAAUAAUAAAGUUGUGUUCUGUUUGUCAAUGCAUUGUACAAGUACACUUAAGAAACAGUUUGUACAACUUUGUUGAAUAGCAGGGGGACUUUAAAACAUUUAGAAAACAACUUAUUCAAAAUCCCUGCAGAAACGAUAGGUGAAGGUGUUUUCGCGAUUGUAGAUAAUAAUGCUGUUAAAUGUCUUUCAGUCAGUGUUGUUGACGAACUACUUGUCACCCAAUGCAGUCUGACAGUUUUUAGGAUACAACAUUUUUGGAAGUUCUAUUACCACCACAUAAGUGUUUGUGAGUUAUGCAUCGGCACUUCUAAAUGAGAAGCUGUAUUCUUUGAAUGUUCGAAACUUGCAUUAUCUUGUAAUAAAAACAGAUUUAUACCUUGUAAA